AUGUUUGUAGUGCACUAUUUGUUUAAAUCACCACUUCGUAGUAAUACAUACUACUGUUCUGCGCAUGUCAGCGUAAGCGGAAGUUCCGACAUUAAAUUUCAGACUUGGAAGUCAACAAACAAUUUCAUAAUGCUGACAAAUUUUAUAAUUCUGUUGUGUAUGUUUGUGCCCAGUAACGCUGUUAAGGAAAGUGUGGUUCAGGGAUCGGAGAAUAAUGAUGCUAAGUUAAUAUUAGACUUGAUUAAGCGUCUGGGAGAGCCUAGUUACAACUAUCAAGAGGAGUCUGCCGCUGACGGUGAAGCUGCAAAUCUCCCUACAAGUGGUAGCGGUAAACAGUCGCAGUCUGCUAGCAGUGAACUGCGAAAUCUACAAACUUGUGAGCCUGUCAUUCAGCAGGGAAGUAUAAUUAAAACAAAGGAAUCAAUAAGUGCAGGGGCAGCUUAUGUUGACUCUGUCAAGAAUGUUAAAUCAAACGCCGACUGCUUGGAAUACUGCUGCCAGAACUGGACUUGUGAUGUCGCAGUUUAUCAAGACAAGGGUGAAAAGUACUGUUACCUCUUCCACUGUGAUGGUCGGUGCAUUUUCAAGGCACACAGCGACUAUUUUGUCAGCACCAUCAAGAGCCGGAAGACAUCAGAACAGCCUGAGGAAGAUCUUCAGAACCUCAAUGCCCAAGGCACUGGCAUUGAGAGCGAUCAGACGAAACUGACACAGGGUGUUAUGAAGAAGCCUCAGGAUAAGCAAGAGAUAACGCCAGCCCCUUCUGGACACACAACAGCAGGGGUUGCAGUCACAACUGAGACAGAAGCGCCAGAGCUUGUGAUUACACCACAUUCAGUGGGCCUUCUUGGAUUUUGCACUCAGGACAGGCAUUGUGAAGACCCAAAUGCAGUAUGUGGUCAUGGCAACUGUGUAUGCAGUAAUUCUUAUUAUAAUAAGGAUGGAAUUUGUCGAAAAGUCUGCCUGAAAUCAGAAUUUGAAUGCUUCGACCUGGGAACACUCAGCCGAGGUCCUGAAUGUAUCUCACAGUCUCAAGUGUGUGACUCCUACCUGCACUGUGCUGAUGGUUCUGAUGAAUUUAACUGUCAAAACAUUGACUUUCCAACUCAGAUAAGACCGCUGAAGUCAAGUAAUGUGCAUACAAAUUCAGGUUCCCAGCAGCCACUGAAUGGACACAAAAAAAGUGCUGCAGCAGUGGUUGCUCAUGAAGAAAGUACACAGGCUGCCAAGCCCACACCACAUCCCACCAUCCCCGCUGCAGCAGCGACAUCAGGUAACGCCAAGGCGAGUACACCCACCACAAAAAGUCCACCGCCGCACAAGUCAGCACCGGAAGCGCGGCCUGAGAAGAAGCACAUCUUCAUGUCCAGCGAGAAGGUUAUCAUAGCCAACGCAAGUGAUGCCGAGGGACCAAUCAUCGCCCUGUCUCUGGGGCUAGCCUUCACUGUCAUUCUCCUGGUGUUGGUGGGCUGCAGGUUGAGGAACGUACGUCAUCGCUUGAGAAAAGGUCGACCACUCCACCAGAAUGAGGCUGAUUAUUUAAUUAAUGGCAUGUAUUUGUAG